AUGCCGCCGACGACUGCAGCUGAAAAGCAGAAAAAAUAUCGCGAUAAGUUGAAAAAAGAAAACCCUCAAAAGUAUGAGGAAAUACAAAAGAAGGCCAAAGAAAGAUCUGCACAUGAAACACAGGAAACAUAUACGCGAGAAUUAGAAGAGAAAACACCGAGGAAAGAAGUAACAGAGUUUAUAAGUAAUAACAUACCUAACAUUGAAACUCCCAAAAAAGAAGAAGUUAAGAAGAAACUACUAGAAGACGAUGUACUAACGAAGUCACUAAAAUUACAAUUCCAAACUGCUAACAAUACCGAAAAGAAUGUUUUGAGAAAAGUUUUGGAUAACAACAUUGUGAAGAAAUAUAAACUGAAAACAAGAUUAAGGACCUCCCUGGGAUUUAAGAAAAUUAAAUUAAAAGUUGGUAACGAAGAACUGUCGGCUAAAGUAAGCUGGUUUACUUGGAUUUUAAAAAAUAUGAAAAGGAAGGAGAAAAGAAGAAAAUUAAAAAGAUAA